AUGAUCAAUCCCAUGCUCCUCCCCCUACCUCACUCUGACGACAUGGAUCUGAUUUACCCCGCCAGUAUUGCGGAGGCCACCGGCUACAUUCCGGCCACCAAAACAGCAGGUGCGCAUUGCAAGGCCAAAGCCCCAAGGGCCAAAGACGUCAAAAGUCUCCUCAACAUAGUCCAAGAUGAGCUCCCUCUCGGUCAAUGCAGGUGGCAGACUGUUCAAGUUAAGUUCUGCCAAUGGGCCAAGGUGAAGCACCGGCCAGAAUGUAAACUCACUUCACUCGAAACGAAGUUCAAACAGUUGGUCAAGACUACAAAGCCAACUGGAGACGGUGUGUGCCCUCCAGAAGUCACGUGCGCCCAUCACAUUGAAGAGCUCAUUAACGAGCAUGCAGGAACAUGCGACCUGAACAACACAGAUUACAAGGCCGUGCAAGACGAUGACAGUCUGUCUGUCAUCUCUGACCAGUACCAGGAUGAGCCUACCCCCCCUCCAAUCCAGCAUACAGCCAUUGCCCGCUCCACUCCUUGCGCAGAAGCCCCAGCCCCACGUCGCAAUACUCGAGGAGCGGCAGCUACGGAUUUACUCACUCGACUUUCCACAGCAUUUGACCCGGCCACCCAGCGCAACUGUGACGAAGAUCGUGCCAAUUGCAGCCUUGCCACCACACAUCUACUUACCCAAAGUCAGCAGCUCUGUGAUUCCCAAGCCGCCACAGAAACCCUGCAUGGCCAACUCUUUGAUUUGCGCGCUCGCAUGUACGACAUCGAACGUGAACAUGAUUGGGUCGAACUUCGCAUCGAGAUGAUGCAAAUGAGUGGAUCCACACACCGUCAGCAUGUACGGAUGCCCAAACACAAGAAUCUGCAUCAAGAGUGGUACCCUGAGGGUGGGGGAUCCACUAGGUGGCUUACUGAUGAAGGUGAAAGUACCGCAUCUGAGGGGUGCAAGCCACCACACCUUCAGAAAAUCGGCCCCUCUGAGCAUCUCAAGUAUUCUGAUUGCCCAUACUUCGAGGACAUCGCUGAUGAGCCUAUCAAUCCCAUUCAAAAGGAGGGGUCAGUAGAGAUUUGA